AUGACCAAGAAUCCUAAGCCUAGGCAGAACCCUCUAGCGAAUCCACGAUCUCGAGCCUCCAAACGAGCUUCUUCACCGUCUAUAGACAUCGACAAAUCCCUCAAAGACGCGCCUCGCGCAUCGGAUGCUACACCAGUUCUAGCGCCAAAACCCUAUGGCGGAAUCCACAAAGCAAAGAGGAAGCAGAAAUCCUUGACCAGAGGGCAGAAGAAGAGACAGGAGAGAGUGUUGGCUCGAGCCGAGGUGGUACAGGAUCAACUGGCCAAAAAAGUCGACGUGUCCCAAGUGCGGCUGAAGAGGAUCCGUGAGAGGAAAGCCCAAUGGGAUGACUCUACCGCUGCAGCUGCAAUACUCGAGCAGAGUGUUCAAAAUGAAAAUGCCGAUGAAAUGGAGGGUGAUGGGUGGGAAGAUGAAGAGAUGGAAGAGUCAGGAACCAAGGUGGUUGAUAGUGUCAAGCUGCCUGCCUUUGCUUCCACCACAAAAAUGGUCAUCGUCGAUCGCACGGCGUCGUCACACAAUACUGAUGCAGAGGAUGAUAUCGACACCAUAACCUGA